UCCUCUUGCUGCUUCCCAGCUCGGCUGGCCCGGAGGCGGCCUAGGGGCUCCAGCUCUGCGCCUGCCCCAGCCCUGUCCCUCUUCUGGCUGGCUGCGCCCCAGGGCAGGCUGUGCUCAUGGCACCCCCGGGUGAGGAGACACCCCUGAUCUCCCAGCGCUCCUGCAGCCUCUCCUCGUCCGAGGCUGGCGCCUUGCAUGUGCUCCUGCCCUCUCGCGGCCCUGGGCCCCCCCAGCGCCUGUCCUUCUCCUUCGGGGACCACCUGGCCGAGGACCUGUGCGUGCAGGCCGCCAAGGCCAGCGGCAUCCUGCCCGUCUACCACCCUCUGUUUGCUCUGGCCACGGAGGACCUGUCCUGCUGGUUUCCUCCAAGCCAUGUCUUCUCCGUGGAGGACUCGGGCACCCAAGUGUUGUUCUACAGGCUCCGUUUUUACUUCCCAGACUGGUUUGGGCCUGAGAAAUGUCACCGCUUCGGGCUCCGCAAAGAGCUGACCAGCGCCAUCUUAGACCUGCCCGUUUUGGAGCACUUGUUUGCCCAGCACCGCAGUGACUUGCUCAGCGGGCGCCUGGCUGUGGGCCUGAGCUUCAAGGAGCAGGGUGAGUGUCUGAGCCUGGCCGUGCUGGACCUGGCGCGCAUGGCCUGCGAGCAGGUGCAACGGCCCAAUGAGCUCCUUCAGACCGUGAGCUACAAGGCCUGCCUGCCCCCUGGUCUGCGCGGCCUCAUCCAGAGCCUGAGCUUCGUGACGCGCCGCCGCAUCCGCAGGACGGUGCGCCGUGCCCUGCGCCGCGUGGCCGCCUGCGGGGCAGACCGGCACGCGCUCAUGGUCAAGUACCUGCUGGACCUGGAGCGCCUGGCCCCCGCCGGGGCGGCCGAGACCUUCCGCGUCGGGCUGCCGGGCCGCGACGGGCCGGGGCUGCUGCACGUGGCCGGGGCCAGCGGGGUCAGCUGGAGCCCGGGGGAGGCCGAGGCGCUGCAACCUUUCUGCGACUUUCCCGAGAUAGUGGACGUGAGUAUCCAGCAGGCGCCGCGCGCCGGGCCGGCCUGGGAGCACCGCAUGGUGACCAUCACCAGGGCGGACAACCAGAUGCUGGAAGCUGAGUUCCCCGGGCUGCCCCAGGCGCUGUCCUUCGUGGCGCUGGUGGACGGCUACUUCCGCCUCACCGCCGACUCCCGCCACUUCUUCUGCAAGGAGCUGGCGCCGCCGCGGCUGCUGCAGGAGGAGGCCGAGCGGUGCCACGGCCCCAUCACCCUGGACUUCGCCAUCCACAAGCUGAAGACACAGGGCUCGGUCCCUGGCUCCUACGUCCUCCGCCGCAGCCCGCAGGAUUUUGACAGCUUUCUCCUCACCGUGUGCGUUCAGACACCUCUCGGCCCGGACUACAAGGGUUGCCUGAUCCGGCGCGGUCCCACCGGCACCUUUUCCCUGGCUGGCCUUGGCCGGCCUCACAGCAGCCUGCGGGAGCUCCUGGCUGCCUACCAGAACGGGGGGCUGCAUGUCGACGGGGUCUCCCUGAAUCUUACAUUCUGCUGCACCCCCAGGCCCAAAGAGAAGUCCAACCUGCUGGUGGUGCGGAGGGGCUGCGGCUUGCCCUCAAGCAGCCCCCAGCAGCCCCAUGGCCAGCUGAGCCAGAUGGUAUUCCACAAGAUUCCCGCCGACACCCUGGAGUGGCAUGAAAACCUGGGUCAUGGAUCCUUCACCAAGAUCUACCGGGGUUCGCGUCGUGAGGUGGUGGACGGUGAGGCUCGCCAAACCGAGGUGCUGCUGAAAGUGAUGGGUGCGAAACACCAAACCUGCCUGGAGUCAUUUCUAGAAGCAGCCAGCCUGAUGAGCCAGGUCUCCUACCCACAUCUCGUCUUGCUGCAUGGCGUGUGCAUGGCUGGAGACAGCACCAUGGUGCAGGAGUUUGUACAGCUGGGAGCCCUCGACACCUACCUGCGCAAGCGCGGUCACCUGGUGCCUGCCAGCUGGAAGCUGCAGGUGGUUAAACAGCUGGCCUAUGCCCUCAACUACUUGGAAGACAAAGGCCUCCCUCAUGGCAAUGUGUCAGCGCGGAAGGUGCUCCUGGCUCGGGAAGGGGGUGACGGGAACCCUCCCUUCAUCAAGCUCAGUGACCCCGGUGUCAGCCCCACCGUGCUGAGCCGGGAGCUGCUCACCGACAGGAUCCCCUGGGUGGCCCCCGAGUGUCUGCAGGACACGCAGAGCCUCGGCCUGGAAGCCGACAAGUGGGGCUUCGGGGCAACCGUCUGGGAGGUGUUCAGUGGCGCCCCAAUGCCCAUCAGCGCCCUGGAGCCGGCCCAGAAGUUGGAGUUUUACGAGGCCCGCGGGCACCUGCCAGCCCCCAGGUGGACAGAGCUGGCCGUGCUGGUGGAGCAGUGCAUGGCGUACGAGCCGGAGCGGAGGCCGUCCUUCCGCGCUGUCAUCCGCGACCUCAACAGCCUCAUCACGUCAGACUAUGAGCUCCUGUCCGAGCCCAGCCCGGGUGCACUGGCACCCCGAGAAGGGCUGUGGGGUGGUGCCCAGUUCUACGCCUGCCAGGACCCCACUAUCUAUGAGGAACGACACCUCAAAUAUAUCUCACAGCUCGGCAAGGGUAACUUUGGCAGCGUGGAGCUGUGUCGCUACGACCCACUGGGCGAUAACACGGGCGCCCUGGUGGCCGUGAAGCAGCUGCAGCACAGCGGGCCGGACCAGGAGCAAAGCUUCCAGCGCGAGGUCCAGAUCCUGAAGGCAUUGCACAGCGACUUCAUCGUCAAGUACCGGGGCGUGAGCUACGGCCCGGGCCGCCAGAGCCUGCGUCUGGUCAUGGAGUACGUGCCCAGCGGCUGCCUGCGCGACUUCCUGCAGCGCCACCGCGCACGACUGGACGCCUCUCGCCUCCUGCUCUAUGCCUCACAGAUCUGCAAGGGCAUGGAGUACCUGGGCUCCUGCCGCUGCGUGCACCGGGACCUGGCCGCCCGCAACAUCCUGGUGGAGAGCGAGACCCACGUCAAAAUUGCCGACUUCGGCCUGGCCAAGCUGCUGCCGCUGGACAAGGAUUACUAUGUGGUCCGCGAGCCAGGCCAGAGCCCCAUCUUCUGGUACGCCCCCGAGUCCUUGUCAGACAACAUGUUCUCACGCCAGUCAGACGUGUGGAGCUUCGGUGUGCUGCUGUACGAACUGUUCACCUACAGCGACAAGAGCUGCAGCCCCUCAGCUGAGUUCCUGCGGAUGAUGGGAGGUGAGCGUGAUGCCCCCGCCCUCUGCCGCCUCCUGGAGCUGCUGGCCGAGGGUCACCGGCUGCCUGCGCCGCCUGCCUGCCCUGCCAAGGUUCAUGAGCUCAUGAAGCUCUGCUGGGCUCCCAGCCCCGAGGACCGGCCGACCUUCAGUGCUCUGGGCCCCCAGCUGGAUGCGCUGUGAAGCGGAAGCCGAGGCUGACGGGCCAUGAGGCCUGUGAUGGCCCCCACCACCCCAGAGGCCUCCUGUGGAGACCCUGACAUUGUCCUUGGUGCCGGUGGGGGAGAGGGGCAGCCUAGGGGUCUUUCCCCUCCUCCCUCUGUGGCCCAGAACCCUAGGGUGCCCAAAGGGGCUGUUGGAAUGGCAAGAGUGCGACCCCCUCCUGCGUCCAGUUGAAGGAGCCUGGUUAGAAGUUGGUUUUCGGUGGAGUAAAGCCACUUCCCCCAACACACACACACACAUGCUGGCAUCCCAUAUGGGCACAGGUUCAAGUCCCGGCUGCUCCACUUCCCAUCCGGUUCCCUCCCGGUGCUGGGUUCCCUGGCACCCACAUGGGAGGCCCGACGGUGCUCCAGGCUCCUGGUCCAGGCAUGGCUAUUGUGGCCAUCUGGGGACAUGAACCAGCAUAUGGAAGCUUUUUCUUUCUGUCCCUCCUUCUCUCUGUAACCCUGUUUUUCAAAUCAAUAAUAAAAUAUCC